AUGAUACAGUCAGACAAAGGAGGAGAUCCUCCAGACAGGGACAGGAAGCUCUCUACUGCAACCCAGCCACGGAAUGGCCUCUCCCAAAUCCUGAGGCAUGUGCUGCAGGAGCUGAGCCUGUUCUACAGCCGAGAUGUGAACGGAGUGUGCCUUCUGUAUGAUCUCCUGCAUUCCCCGUGGCUGCGGGCCCUGCUAAAGGUUUAUGACUGCCUCCAAGAAUUUAAAGAAAAGAAACUAGUUCCCGCCACACCCCAUGCACAGAAGUUAUCCUGUGAGGUAAUGGAGCUGUUACGAGAUAUCCCUAAUUCUCCUGAGGUCCAGGAGCUGAGAAAGCUCCUCCAGGCUCCACACUAUAAGGCCUUGCUCAGUGCCCAUGACACGGUAGCUCAGAAAGAUUUUGAGCCCCUUCUUCCCCCACUGCCUGACAAUAUCCCUGAGAGCGAGGAAGCCAUGAGGAUUGUUUGCUUGGUAAAAAACCAGCAGCCCCUGGGAGCUACAAUCAAGCGCCACGAGAUGACAGGAGACAUCCUGGUGGCCAGGGUCAUCCAUGGCGGGCUGGUGGAGAGGAGUGGGUUGUUAUAUGCCGGAGACAAACUGGUGGAAGUGAACGGAGUCUCAGUUGAGGGACUGGACCCGGAGCAAGUGAUCCAUAUUCUGGCCAUGUCUCGCAGCACAAUCAUGUUCAAGGUGGUUCCGGUUUCUGAUCCUCCUGUGAAUAGUCAGAAGAUGAUUUACGUUCGUGCCAUGACCGAUUACUGGCCACAGGAGGAUCCUUCCAUCCCCUGCAUGGAUGCUGGAUUGCCUUUCCAGAAGGGAGACAUCCUUCAAAUUGUGGACCAGAAUGACGCCCUCUGGUGGCAGGCCCGGAGAAUCUCAGACCUUUCUACCUGUGCUGGGCUAAUCCCUUCUAACCACCUUCUGAAGAGGAAGCAACGGGAAUUCUGGUGGUCUCAGCCGUACCAGCCUCACACCUGUCUCAAAUCAACCGCAUUGAUUUCUAUGGAAGAAGAAGAUGACAUGAGGAUUGAUGAGAAAUGUGUGGAAGCAGAUGAAGAAACAUUUGAAUCUGAGGAACUUUCAGAAGACAAGGAGGAAUUUAUUGGCUCUGGUCAAAAGUUCUUUAUUGCUGGUUUCCGCCGCAGCAUGCGCCUUUGUCGAAGGAAGUCCCACCUCAGCCAGCUGCAUGCCACUGCAUGCUGCGCUGGCAGCUGCUACAAUGCAGUGGGUGCCCCUUAUGAGGAGGUGGUGAGGUACCAGCGACGCCCAACAGACAAGCACCGCCUCAUAGUGCUUGUGGGACCUUCUGGCGUUGGAGUCACUGAGCUGAGAAGACAACUUAUUGAAUUUAAUCCCAACCAUUUUCAGAGUGCUGUGCCACAUACUACUCGAUCCCCAAAGAGUUAUGAGAUGAAUGGGCGUGAAUAUCACUAUGUGUUGAAAGAAACAUUUGAAAACCUCAUGUAUAGUCACAGGAUGCUGGAGUAUGGUGAGUACAAAGGCCACCUGUAUGGCACUAGUGUGGACGCUGUUAAUGCUGUCCUUGAUGAAGGAAAGGUCUGUGUCAUGGACUUAGAGCCUCAGGAUAUUCAAGCGGCUCGAACCCAUGAACUGAAGCCCUAUGUUAUAUUUAUAAAGCCAUCUAGCCUGAGUUGCAUGAAACAAUCUCGGAAAAAUGCCAAGAUUAUCACUGACUACUUUGUGGACAUGAAGUUCAAGGAUGAAGACCUACAAGAGAUGGAGGAUUUAGCCAAAAAAAUAGAGAUUCAGUUUGGCCAGUUUUUUGAUCAUGUGAUUGUGAAUGACAACUUGCAAGAUGCAUGUGCCCAAUUGUUGUCUGCAGUACAGAAGGCUCAGGAAGAGCCUCAGUGGGUACCAGCAACAUGGAUUUCCACUGAUGCUGAGUCUUAA